AUGAGAUCACUUCCACCACCCAGAAUCACCAGGGCUAGAAAAUGGAAGCGAAUCAAAAGAGCUUUCAAGAGUCUCUUCACAAAGGGGUACAUAAGCGACCAUGGUGCAUUUGUUUCAACUUCCCGAACGUCCAAAUCAACCAUGAAAGCCUCCAUUUCCACUAUUAAAAGAUCCAGAAUCUCUUCUCGAUUCAGGAAAAGAAACUUUACUGACGGUGUGGAUUUGGCAGAUGGCGCCAAUCUAGGAUUGAAGACUAUGGGCCAUCUUGGUCGAUUGGCUACACGUGCCUCGUUUCCACUCUUUAACCCCCUUGGACAGCCUCCAGAAGUCAAUCUCACCUGGAAAUUCUAG